UACACCCCACAUUACUUCAAGGUAUUCUGCAGCUUGAAGCGGAACCAUCUCUCAUCUGCUCAUUUGAUCACUUUUCGACCCCCCCUUCUUAACCUUCGCAGGAGAGAACAGGGAUGGCGCCGUGCAAAGUUGCUUUCAGUAUGAUGACUAUGGCAGUGCUCCUUCAAGCAGCAAGCUGUGCAACGUAUAAUGUCGGAGGUCUCAAUGGCGGCUGGGACUUGAGCACAGAUUUGCAGACAUGGGCGUCGACGCAGACAUUUGUGCCUGGCGAUUCUUUAGUUUUCAAGUAUGCGCCAUUCCACGACGUCGCAGAGGUGACGAAAGCUGGAUACGAUUCUUGCAGCGCGAGUAAUGCGAUCCAGUCAUAUGCAGACGGUAACAGCGUCGUGAAGCUUUCAGCUCUCGGAAAGCGUUUCUUCAUCUGUGGAAUCACCGGCCACUGCAGCGGCGGGAUGAAGCUGGAAGUCGACGUUGUCUCCGCUGCGGCAUUGACUCCGCCUGCCGCCGCAGCGCCACCGGCUCCGGCCACAUCUCAAGCGCCUUUUGCUCCUCCCUUGCUCGGCAUAGAACCAAGCCCGACGUCAUUUACAGAACCACCAGUCGGAGACUUGGGUUUAGACCUCGUGGCUCCGGCUGCUCCGCCACACCAGCAAUCUGCGGCGCAUGGGCCUGGCCUCCGGCUGUUUACGGUGGUGAGCCUAGUCGUGGCGUUUCUGUGGGCUUGGGCUCUGUAAUUGCUCGAUUUCUACGACAAAUCUAUUCGGCUAUUUCCUUUGCAGUUUGGUUUCAUGUCAUUGCUGUUUGACAGUAAAAACAAAUUUCUCUUGGGCUAUAA